AUGUGCGGUUGCCUAAGAGUGGCUCCCGUUCAGCCUCCAUCCCCAAGUUCGCCGUCGUUACAGCCCCAACAAGGAGGCGUGGGGCCAACUCUCGCGACACCUGGUCCCUCCCAUCCCGAACGCCGUGAAGUUGUCAAAAUAGGCCUGCAAGUGCGCGUGCGCACCUGGUGGCCAGAAGUGGGCGGAGCGUCCCGAGGCCAGAGGCGGGGUUUCGCGGGAGGCCCGGCAGCACAGCGCGAAAGGGGAUGCUUGUUUGCUACUCAUGGGUGUAAGCAAGUUAGAUAUUAUAUAUCGGAGACUUCUCCUCACAAAACUUUUUAUCAGAGGAUGGGGAAGGCCAGAAGAUCUCAAAAGAUUGAAGAGCAGUCAGACUGUAAGAUCCUAGAUGGACACUUUGUUUCCCCCAUGGCCCAUUAUGUGCCUGGUAUCAUGCCAAUUGAAUCUGUUAUUGCAAGGUUCCAAUUUAUUGUGCCUAAAGAAUGGAACAGCAAAUAUAGACCUGUCUGCAUUCAUCUUGCUGGAACAGGAGAUCAUCAUUACUGGAGGCGACGAACACUAAUGGCCCGUCCUAUGAUUAAAGAAGCCCGAAUGGCUUCUUUAUUAUUAGAAAACCCUUAUUAUGGCUGCAGAAAACCCAAGGAUCAAGUAAGGUCCAGCUUAAAAAACGUGUCUGACCUUUUUGUGAUGGGAGGAGCUCUUGUUUUAGAAUCUGCAACUCUCUUGCACUGGCUAGAGAGAGAGGGUUAUGGACCUCUAGGAAUGACUGGAAUAUCCAUGGGAGGACAUAUGGCUUCCUUAGCAGUAUCCAACUGGCCUAAGCCCAUGCCAUUGAUUCCGUGUCUCUCUUGGUCUACCGCAUCUGGGGUCUUCACUACGGGUGUAUUGAGUAAAUCAAUUAAUUGGAGGGAGCUGGAAAAGCAAUAUUAUACCCAAACAGUUUAUGAAGAAGAAAUUAUUCACAUGCUUGAAUACUGUGGAGCAGAUUCUUUCAAAAUGGGACAAGAGUUCGUGAAACACUUCCCUAGCAGUGCAGACAAGCUAACUAACCUUAAUCUGGUUUCUAGAACUUUAAAUUUAGAUGACCAAGUUGUGUCCCAAAAACCUGCUGAGUGCCAGAAUUCUAGUAAAACAUCUAUCAGUGCCACAUCAGAAAGACUCUUAUUACAAGAUGCCUCUAAGAAGGAGUGCUUCAAUCAAACACUUUCAACCAACAAAAGUAGUUAUACAAGUUGCAGCUCUCAGUCAUACCACCUACUCAGUAAAGAACAAAGAAGAAACAAUCUUCAGAAAGAAUCUUUAAUAUUUAUGAAAGGAGUCAUGGAUGAAUGUACUCAUGUAGCAAAUUUCUCAGUUCCAGUUGACCCAAGCCUCAUAAUAGUGGUUCAAGCCAAAGAAGAUGCCUAUAUUCCACGAACAGGAGUUAGAAGUCUACAAGAAAUUUGGCCUGGCUGUGAAAUCCGAUAUCUAGAAGGGGGUCAUAUUAGUGCUUAUCUUUUUAAGCAAGGACUCUUCAGACAAGCCAUCUAUGAUGCAUUUGAACGCUUCCUCCAUAAAUACGCUAACUAAUUGGAUCACUUCAUGUAACGGGUACAGCCGUCAUGUUUCUUACAAAAGGAAUUUUCAUCUUAUGUGAAGAACAAGCAGACAGCACUAUAUAUCUAAUUGCUAUCAAUUUAGUCUGGAAUUCAGUAUUACAGAUCCAUCAGCUAUAAACUUUGAAUACAUCUGAAUAAUUUUAAAACAACAUUUGAAUUAAAUAAUGUUAAAAUAUUUUUAUUAUUGUUUAUUGGAAGCCCAUAUACUCACUAUCUAGUCUGUUGUUGCUAUUUAUGAAAACUUUAAAUUUUUAAUUAUGAAUAAUUCAUUAAUUUAAAAUAAAUUUAUUCAUAAAAACCCUAUUGGUUUUUAAUAGAAUUGCUAAAUCAAACUAAGAUUGUAAUAUAUCAGCCUGUACUGUGUACCCUUAUAAUGACAUUUUGCUACUGAUUUGAGAAACAUGUUUUUCUUUUUUGAAUAUCUGGUGAAUUUAUAAUCUAGUUUUCAACUUUAGUUAACUUUCUGCCAUGGAAAUAAAUACUUACCAUGUAUAAAAUCAGUGUUAACUUUGAAUUCUAAAAAAUCCUGAUUGCCUUGUAUAUAAGUGCUUUUAAUAAUCAAAGUGGAUGUUGAAAUGCAGAUAAGAUGCAUUAGUUUUGGCUAGACUUUAAAACUUUAUCAAAGAUUAGGUUAGAAAAAAAUGCCAAACAUAUUUCCCCUACUUAAAAAGUUUCAAUUCACGAAAAAUGGAAAUAUUGGAAGACCUAUUGCAUUAAUUGAUGGAUACUGUGUCAAGCAUUUUUUUGUUGAGCACCACAGUAGUCUUGAAAAAGAAUAUAAAAAAAAAAAAAAAAAAAAGAAGCAUUUUUUU